CCCAUCACAGAAUAGGACUGCAGUAAUUUAACUCCCUGUCUCCUGUGGUGUAACCAGAAAUUAGGACAAAUUAAAACCGUUCCCCCUCUGCCGUUAUUCUUUUUACAUGUAAAAGACCUGUCCUACUGAUUGUUUGUCAUUGAGCGGAAGGAUAUGUUUUAAAUCGUUACAAGAGCAGUGACGAGAGAGAGAGAGAGUGGGAGAGAGACAAGACUAAGCUCCGGGCUGUGUCAGUUUUCGGGUGAAAUUAACAUGGCGAGCGACUCUCCAGCGCGAAGCUUGGAUGAAAUCGACCUCUCGGCUCUGAGGGAUCCUGCUGGUAUUUUUGAACUGGUGGAACUUGUUGGCAAUGGCACAUAUGGACAGGUUUACAAGGGACGACAUGUCAAGACAGGACAACUGGCUGCAAUCAAGGUUAUGGAUGUCACUGGGGAUGAAGAGGAGGAGAUCAAACAGGAAAUUAAUAUGCUUAAAAAGUAUUCGCACCAUCGAAACGUUGCUACCUAUUACGGAGCCUUCAUUAAAAAGAAUCCUCCUGGAGUUGAUGACCAGCUUUGGGGCCUGACUCACCUUCAUCAGCACAAGGUCAUUCACCGUGAUAUCAAGGGCCAGAAUGUCUUGUUGACAGAGAAUGCUGAAGUCAAGUUGGUUGACUUUGGAGUGAGUGCGCAGCUUGACCGUACAGUAGGGAGGAGGAACACAUUCAUUGGCACACCCUACUGGAUGGCACCUGAAGUGAUAGCUUGUGAUGAGAAUCCAGAUGCCACUUAUGAUUUCAAGAGUGAUUUGUGGUCUUUGGGGAUAACUGCAAUGGAAAUGGCUGAAGGAGCUCCACCUCUGUGUGACAUGCACCCAAUGAGGGCUUUGUUUCUCAUCCCGAGGAAUCCACCACCUCGACUCAAGUCCAAAAAGUGGUCAAAGAAGUUUGUGUCCUUUAUUGAGGGGUGCUUGGUGAAGAAUCACGGUCAGAGGCCAGCAACAGAUCAGCUGCUGAAACAUCCCUUCAUCAGGGACCAGCUCAAUGAGAGGCAAGUCCGGAUCCAACUCAAGGACCACAUUGACCGGACCAAAAAGAAGAGGGGCGAGAAAGAUGAGACAGAAUAUGAAUACAGUGGGAGCGAGGAAGAAGAGGAGGACCAUGAAUUCGGAGAGCCGAGCUCCAUUGUGAACCUGCCCGGAGAAUCUACCCUUCGCCGAGACUUUCUGCGACUGCAAUUGGCCAACAAGGAACGGUCAGAGGCCAUCAAGAGGCAACAGCUCCAGGAGCAGCAGCAGCGGGAAAACGAGGAGCACAAGCGCCAACUGCUGGCUGAGCGGCAGAAACGCAUUGAAGAGCAGAAGGAGCAGCGGCGGAGACUAGAAGAGCAACAAAGGAGAGACCGAGAGCACCGGAAACAGCAGGAGAGGGAGCAGAGGAGAAGAUAUGAGGAGAUGGAGAGGCUCCAGCGAGAAGAGGAGAGACGCCUAGCCGAACGGGAGCAGGAGUACAUAAGGCGGCAGUUAGAGGAAGAACAGAGGCAGUUAGAGAUCUUGCAACAACAACUUCUGCAGGAGCAGGCUCUCCUACUGGAGUACAAGCGAAAGCAGCUGGAAGAACAGCGUCAGGCAGAACGACUACAACGACAGUUGCAACAGGAACGGGCUUAUCUGGUGUCUCUCCAGCAGCAGCAACAGCUGGAGCCAAGAUCUGGUGAGAAGAAGGGACUUUAUCACUACAAGGACAGUAUGAACCCAACAGAGAAGCCAGCCUGGGCCAAAGAGGUACAGAAGCGAUCGCUCAGUAAUUCUCCUCGACGCCCACCCAAAGAUGGAGUGCCUGCCACUAAGUGGCCAUCGUUCAGUGACAUCACCAAUCAGCAGCCCGCUCACGAUUUGUCCUGGCAUGUCCGUUCGGGCCAACACCUUGUGGUUCCCAGUGUUCUCGCCUCUCCUCUGAUCAACAGAAAAGGCUCACGCCAAGUCCUGACCGCACCAGACUCUGAUCAUACAGGGCCAGCAGGAACGUCCCCUCUCCAGGCCCAAGCAAAGACUGAGAAGAAGUCACACACCUGCAAGGAGGACCAGGCCAGGGAGGCACGACCACGGCUACGGUCACAGACCAAGCAAUUACAGUCACAGGAGGUGACCUUUGAGUUUGGACCCAAUGGCGUGGUGGAGGAACGCUCCAAGUUAAACCGCCAAAGCUCGCCAGCAAUGCCACAUAAGAUGGGAAAUAGGAUGUCUGACCCAAGCAUGCCGCCUCGUUCCGAAUCAUUUAGCAGCAGUGCAGUGCAGGCUGCACGAACCCCACCAAUGCAUAGACCUGUAGAGCCUCAGGUCCAAGUAGCUCACCUGGUUCCUUUGAAACCGCACAGUACUUCCAUGACGGGUUCCCAGUCCCUUCACGAGCAGCCAACUAAGAGUAUGUCCAGCGCUUUCCAUUCACAAGAGGGGCUAGUGUCACAUCGCGCCGAAAUGCCACGGCAGAACUCCGACCCCACAUCAGAAACCCCACCCCUCCCUCCCCGCCUUGGGUCAAGAGAAGAAAAGUGUGGGGGCAGCGUUUGGCACAGGCAAGAGGAGGACACCCCACCCAAGGACUUGACAGCUUUGGCCAAAGAACUGCGGGAGCUUCGCAAUGAAGAGUCAUCGCGACCUCCAAUCAAAGUCACCGACUACUCGUCGUCCAGUGAAGAAUCGGAAAGCAGUGAGGAAGAGGAAGAGGAGGAGGAGGAGGAAGAUGCAGAAAAUGAGGCACAGGAUGGGACAGUACCAGUCAGUGAUAUUCCAAGGAUAAUGCCGUCCUCUACACCAGCUAGCAGCGAGCAGUACAAUGAGAGCUACGGCCUGGUGGGCAUGCAAGAGGGAGCUUUGCCAUCUGAUCUUUACAACAAUGCUUCAGGAGAUGGAACCCUGAUUAUCCGAGAGAAUUCUGGUGACAAAAAGUGGACUGGCCAUGUUGACAGUAACGGCUUUGCCAGCCACACCAAUCUGCCCGAUCUGGUGCAGCAAAGCCAGUCUCCUGCCACUACACCAACCGAGGCAAUUGGGCGAACCACAUCUCAACUCGCUCAGGAAAAGGACUCAGCAGCUGGGUAUGGCCGGGGCACAGGCACAAAAUCAUCCUUCACUCCAUUUGUGGACCCAAGGGUAUUUCAGACAUCACCAAGUGGCAGUGAGGAAGAGUCAUCAGCAACAGCAAUGUUCUCCAGUGAGAUGCUCCGACAGGAACAGGCAAAGCUGAACGAAGUUCGGAAGAUCUCCGUGGUAAAUGUCAACCCGACGAACAUCCGACCCCAUAGUGACACCCCGGAGAUCCGAAAAUACAAGAAGCGGUUCAACUCCGAAAUACUCUGUGCCGCACUUUGGGGAGUGAACCUAUUGGUGGGCACAGAAAAUGGUUUAAUGUUACUGGACAGAAGUGGCCAGGGGAAGGUUUACAACCUCAUCAAUCGGAGGCGCUUCCAUCAGAUGGAUGUACUGGAGGGUCUUAACAUCCUCGUGACGAUAUCUGGUAAGAAGAAUAAAUUGAGGGUGUAUUACCUGUCUUGGUUGAAGAAUAGGAUAUUGCACAAUGAUCCUGAGGUGGAGAAGAAACAGGGCUGGACCACAGUUGGUGAUUUGGAGGGCUGCGUACAUUACAAAGUUGUUAAAUACGAGAGGAUUAGGUUCCUUGUGAUCGCUUUGAAGAAUGCAGUGGAAAUUUAUGCCUGGGCACCAAAGCCUUAUCACAAAUUCAUGGCCUUCAAGUCUUUUGCAGAUCUUCAGCACAAACCAUUAUUGGUUGACCUAACGGUGGAAGAAGGGCAAAGGUUAAAGGUUAUCUAUGGGUCUCACACUGGUUUCCAUGUGAUUGAUGUCGAUUCAGGGAAUGUCUAUGACAUUUAUAUACCAUCACAUAUUCAGGGCAACAUCACACCUCAUGCUCUCAUUAUUCUCCCCAAAACGGAUGGGAUGGAAAUGCUGCUGUGUUAUGAGGAUGAGGGGGUUUAUGUCAAUACGUACGGGCGAAUCACCAAGGACAUUGUGUUGCAAUGGGGGGAGAUGCCCACAUCUGUCGCCUACAUCCAUUCCAGCCAGAUAAUGGGCUGGGGCGAGAAGGCCAUUGAGAUUCGGUCAGUGGAGACUGGGCACUUGGAUGGGGUUUUCAUGCACAAGAGAGCACAACGCUUGAAGUUUCUGUGCGAGAGAAAUGACAAGGUUUUCUUUGCAUCUGUGCGUUCGGGUGGAAGCAGCCAAGUUUUCUUCAUGACCCUGAACAGGAACUCGAUGAUGAACUGGUAACAAGAUGGAGAGCACGCAUUCUGUUCACACUCGCACUGACAUAUGGAAGUCAACAAUUUAGAGAGAUUUCUAACCUUUAAAGGAAAAAGCCUCUUGAUGUCACGGAUAUAAAAGGACUAAUGCAAUAUAACAAAGCCUGUGUUGCGUAUCUUGAGAUGAUAGUGAUGAUUUUUUUUAAGUCCCGGUAAACUUUGUGUGCGUGGCAAGGGUCUUGGAGGGAAAACCCUCAACAUCGAGACCAGCUGUGAAGACCUCUUAGCAUCAGGAUACCCUGAAGGUGAUGGUGUUAUUUUCCUGCUGGCCACACUGUGCCAGAACUGAACAUAGGGAGGGAGCUAGAGAGAGAGCAUGAUGCUGCUGCUGUCUCCAGUAGUGGAGAAAGUUGUGGGAAU